AUAUUUGGACUGAUCCUUUUGCCCUAAUUUAUUUACCUUCGUUCCCAUCCCCCUAAAAUCUUCCGCCGCUUCUUCAUUCCCUUCGUUGUCUUCUUCAUUCCCUUGCUAAAAUCUUCAAUUCUCCUCCAUUAAUUACAGAAGCUCUAUUUUCUUCUACUUUUCCUUCUCCUCUAUUUUUUUUAAACCCUGCAAAACAAUCUAAUUUUUGAAGUAGCAUCUCCAGCGUAUUCAUCUAUUAUUGCUAUUUAAAUUGAGGUAUGGAGUUUCCACGGGUAUGCGUACAUCCGGGGCCAGAAGUGUACGAUGUGUUAACACUCCAGGAGAAGCAUCGUUCAGAGGCUGUGUGGGAUGGUUCCUUGAGAGGACCGACUGGAUGCCUGUUUCCUCGCCGCGCGGAUACUGAAUUUUGGAAGCAUGUGAGGCGUCAUCCUUUUCAUCCUCGCAUCCUUGACUACUUUGGCCUGUGUGGAUUUAGGGGAGUAAUAGAGGUAGGAUGUGUAUCAUAUGAUUGGGCAGUCAUCACUGCACUUAUAGAGAGAUGGCGUCCUGAGACGCACACCUUUCAUCUGCGUACAGGUGAGGCGACCAUCACAUUACAAGAUAUCGAGGUCAUGUUUGGCUUGGUUGUUGAUGGUUAUCCCUUGAAUAAUCUUAAUGCUAGAUAUAUCGAUAUUGGUGGGUGGCAACAAUUGAUCCAUGAGCUUACUGGUUGGGCACCCGGUCUGGAUUGUUUUAAUGGUGUUAGUAGGUUAGAAGUACAUAAAUUAAUUGAAUAUAUUAGAGGCUUAGAUGAUAUUACAGAUCAGACCCCAGAAAUUGAUGUGCAACAGCGGGUUAGGUUGUACUUGCUAUGGCUUUGUGGCGGCACGAUAUUUCCGGAUAAGUCCGGUGACUUACUGAAUUUAGAUUAUUUGCUUGACAUGCGUGACCUUAGAGCAAUGAAUGAACAAGCUUGGGGAGCGGCUGCAUUGUCAUAUUUGUAUACUUGUUUAUGCCGUGCUUCGUUGAGGAAAGCGAAGGAUGUGUGUGGAUUCAUUUCCUUAUUGCAGGUUUGGGCUUGGGAGCGCAUUAUAUCGAUGCAGCCACCAUGCAGGGCUCUUCCGCCACACACGGCUCUUGCACGAAGGUGGACUCAUCGUAAAUCCCACGAAAAUGAGGCACGCGAUGUUUUACCCAUAUGUAGGGAUGUAUUGGACAACCUAAUAGAUGGCCAGUUUGUGUGGCAGCCUUAUUCAGAGGCCAUCAUCAACAGACUCCCUGAGUGGUGUCUGCGUGGCCGAGAUAUUUGGAUGGCGAAAGUUCCCCUUAUUUGUGGGAUCUAUCGAGAGUGGCACAUGGUAGACCGCGUUCUCAGACAGUUUGGUAGGAAGCAACAUAUUCCGGGUCCAUGUGCAGAGAUUGAUCCUUUUCAUUACAAACGUGACAAGCGGUAUGCUAUAAAAGUGGAGGAUCAAGAAUAUUUUACAGAAACAGACUUUUUGUGGGGAAAUCGUCGAGAUAGUUUAAUUCAGGCCGAGUAUGAAACUCAAGAUCCACAGUCACUAUCAGAGUAUUUUUGUUGGUAUCGACGUCACUCGCGCACUUUCAUAGGAAAUCCUGCGCAUAAAGUGGAUAGAGGAUACCAACACAUGGCAGGCAGGCAUGAGGCACUGGCUUUAGGACAUCAAGAAUCAUACAGGUUGGCUCAGCAGACUAUCCAAGAUCCAACCAAGUCUAAUGAAGUGAAGGAAAUAGCAGAGAUGUUUAGCCACAUUAAUACAGAGUCCAUGGCUGCUGCCUCUCUGGGGACGAUGUUGAGUUUCGCUCCAUAUUAUACACCACCGGCAGAGUAUGUUGAGCCGCCUACUAUGCAAGUGCCUCGUCAUCAACGUCCUAAUGUACCAAGACCUGCGGCGCGUGGUAGAGGACGCCAAUCAGGUAACAGACGGGGUCGAACUCCCGUGGAUCACCAGUUGGUUGAUGAGGAAGAGGUUCGUUUUGAUCAAGAUAUGCCCAGCUCAACGAUGCAUACAGAUGAUGAUGCAUAUCACCCAAUAAUAGAUUUUAUGUCCAGCUCAUCGACGUUAGCUCCCGAGGUUCAAUCACCAGCAGUAAUCAGAAGUGAGGGGCCUUUUCAGGCAUUCGCAUCGUCUGGGCCUAUUAGCCUGGCAGUUAUGGCCCAACAGUUUAGUGGUCAGACAAGCAGCUCUUAUGGGAUGACUGAGGGGCCUUUACCUGCAUUCACUGGACAGAGCUCUUCAAUUGGGAGGAGACUGAGUUUUACCGAUUCUCCCAUGGAAUUUGAUGUUGGAUCCUCACACAUUCUUGUGCCGGAUGUACAGACUUUAGAGCCACAGGAUACAGGUGUGAUACAAGAGGACGAUCACCAACGUAGAUCAAAACGAGAACGUCGUCAAACUCGGUGUGGCACGGGGGGGAAAAAGGGACACUGUAAAAAUUAAAUUUUUAUUAUAUAGUGGGUAACUUCAAGUUGGGAAAAAUUACUAUUUUUAUUUGCCAAUUUCUGUCUAUUUUUAUUCAAUUCUGGUUCACCUCGUUUCUGCAUAUUUAAUGUGUGUAAAGUUUGCAACAAAAUGGAAUUGAAAAAAGUUGGAGUGUAAUUUUGUUGGCCAAAUAUGAAUUGCAAAUCGUUGGCAACGUUUUGCAAUUCAUAUUAUUGCAAAACGU